AGAGAGACUUUGUUACAACGCGUUGUAAUGAAGAUCAUCGCAGGUCACACGAGUUCAAAUCACACACGCUGCUCCCCACUGGGAAUUGCGUAUAAGUGUUGACAUCAUCAUCGAUCAAACAUUCGUGACUGUGAUCUCGCCAUGCCACGGUCCACGAUCUCUUGCCUUGUGGUCAUUUAUUUGGUGUUAUCGUGCAGUAGUGCCACAGAAGCUGUGGGAGCAAGUAUUACCAAUGUCCUCCCAUCUACUGGCAGUGUUGUGGGAGGAACAAGAUUCAAUGUGUAUGGGAAAAAUUUCUGUGAUGUAUACACUAACCAAAAUGAGGUGAAACUUGUUGGAGAGAAUGGUAUCGAUUACCCGCUUAGGAUUGAUGCUGAAGCCAGCCAUGAAGAAGAUUUAGUGGUGGAUUAUGUGGGAACAAGCGUAUUGCCAGAGGGAAGUUACACUAUCAGUGUAACAUCCUGUGGUGAAAAAGCUGCUCUCUGUCCUCGCCUAGCAGACUGCCAAAUCACUUUAAGCAGUGCCUACACGCCCACUAUCAGAAAAAUUAAUCAGUCAGCAAUUCCUGGAUCACUUAUCCGAGCAGAAGGUUUUAUCAUAUCAGAUCGCUAUGGAAGCGACAUGAUUGACAGCACCCUGGGGGGAAGACUGGAGCAGCUGAGACAUGUCAAGUUGAGUUCUGGGAGAAGAUGUGAACUAGUGAAUAGAACUACACUUCAAAAGUAUGGUGUUAAGCUUACGACUAUAGAGGGUGAAGGUUUCUUCUGGUGUGAAAUUACAGGUUCUUAUGUAGGUGAUCUGAAUAUAACAUACUUGAUUGAAGGUGGUUAUGGAAGCUCUCUCACAGACCUGCGUCUGAUACGUGUGUCCAGUACAGACAACCUGUAUGUCAUCCAGACAUAUCCUGAUAUAGCCAGCACCUCACAUAACAGUGGCAGUACUGAGGGUCAAACACACCUAAGAGUCAAUGGCACUGCUUUGAAGAAUGAUUCCAGCUAUCCCCCUCCUAAAGUAAAGGUUGGGGGUAUACCCUGUGCAGCAGUAAUUUUUGAAGACAAAGGUCUGAUGUGCAAGACACCCCCUGAACCUGAAGUUAUAAAAAAUGCAUAUGCUGGUAACCGUGGUAUUUAUCUUGAACGCUGGAACAGUGGUGUUUCCAACAAUGAUUUAACAGCUGUAAGAGAGAUCAUCAAUCGUACCACUACCCCAGACAAAACUUUUUGGCUAGAUGAAUUUUACUUUGAGGAAGACAAUGGCACAUAUUUCACAACUCGUAUGCAAGGAUAUUUUGUGCCGCCAAAGAAUACAACUUACAGAUUUUACCUGAAGGGUGAUGACUACGCAGUGCUUUUCUUCAGCCUCACUGAUAACCCCGAUGAUGCAUUUGAGAUUGCAAUGCUGUCUAGGGCUACAACAUCCUACUUUACAACCUAUGGGACCCAGAUGUCACAGACAUUUACCCUACAGGCAGGGAAACCUUAUUAUAUUGCUGCAACACAUGCUCAAUUAACAGCAGAAGCCAGCCUCUAUGUGGCAGUAGUAAUUGAUGAAUCAAGUUUCACCAGUAGUCAAACAACUUUGGCUAAAGAGGAGAAACAAGUUCUGACACUGAGCGCUGAAAAUUUGCCUGAAAUUCAGACUGUAGAGCUACAGAAUUGGGCUUCAAGAACCCCCACACGUGAAGUACAAACUAUUACUGUGGGAAGUGGAGCGUCUUCAUUUAGACUUGGAUUCAGAGGUGUCAAAACUAAACUGAUUGAUGUUGGGUCCUCUGGAUCUACAGUAAAGGCAGCAUUGAAUAGCUUGCCCAGUAUCAUGCCAGAUUCUGUUGGGGUUUCCAAGAGUGGGAAUGAUUAUACAGUUACCUUCAACUCGGAUGACAUAGGUGAUGUUGAGCUGCUAGAUGUGGAAGGUUAUGGUGUGACUGUGUCACAAACUACCACAGGGGUGUCAGCCAUGGACAAGAUAUAUUUCACAAUGGAAGGUGUGGUGUCUCCUCCUGUUAGAGAUGAUGCCUCAGCAGAUGAUGUAAAAGCAGCUCUCAGAGACCUAUUCAAAGUGCGUUGUGCUGAUGCCAUCACCACACCAGGCUCAGCUUUGUUUCACCAAGAUUUUGAAGCUGAGACAAAUAAUAUACAGAAUGUCUGGGGAACUGUUGUCAGACAUGUGACACCAUACUGUGGAUUAGGCUGUGUGCACAACCCUAAUUAUUUCAUACGCCAUAAAUCAAUCAGAAUCACUUCAGCCAACAUCCAUUUUUGUUUUGCACAUAAAGGACGUUUGUCUGCUGCACCACUCAUUCGCAUUGACUUUGAUCACAUUGCUCGAGGGAGGAGACGGAUAUGGUAUGUUGAUGGUCCAGUCCCCAGUAUCACAUGGACAGAUAGCUGGCAGUAUGAUUGUAUAGAAUUGAUGCCAAUUUUAAACAAAAGGACGUCUUUGGAUAAAUACAUCCAGAUCAGACACAUUUCUAUUAUCCCGGCAUCCAGCACUUUAGAUCUGUACUAUGAUGACAUUAUGCUUGUUAAUUCAAAACCAAAUGAUGUUGAAGAAUUUGACAACUGGAGAUAUUUGCCUCCUCGCUCUGAUAGGUUUAUAAUGGACUAUAUAGAAGUCACCAAAAAUGGUGGAGUAUACAACAUAACAAUGAAACCCUGGAACUGUGAAAGUGACUUCCCACUGCUCAAUGUACUUCAGACAUCAGUAAAUUCUGGAAGUCUAGACAGUAAUACUGUGGUGUUAGGGGCCAGUGGAAACAAGGUUCAUGUCAAUAGAGUUCAGGCAGCUUCACUUCCUGUGAAAGGAGACUUCAUAGUGACAUUUGGAAAUGGAAACAUUUCAGCCCCCAUAAAUGCCACUGCUUAUGCUCUGGAGAAAAGCUUGCAGACAUUAGAGGGCAUAGGAGAAGUGGAGGUGGAGAGACUUGGUUACUGUCAUAAUUAUGUUUGGAAUAUCAACUGGAAAACAGCAGGAAAUAUCCCAUUGCUUCAGAUUAAUGACAAUCAGUUAACAGGACCAGCUGAACGAGGACUCACUAUAAAUGAGGAAAACGGUCAUACCUUUUAUAAGUAUGGCAUACCUGGAGACAUGUUGAGAACUUACCAUACCAUACCACAGUUGACUGUGGAGAUUAACAAUGUUCCUGCAAAAUGCUCAGGCAACUGUGACUUUCAAUGGCAGUCUGCAAUGACUCCCACUGUCUCCUCAGUAACACCAGUAUCAGGCUCCAGUCUUUCUAGCACUGUUCUGACUGUGCAGGGUACAGGGUUUGGUACCACUCCUGCAGACAACCUGGUGACAAUAGGAGGAGAACCGUGUGUUGUAACAAGUGCCACAGCCACACAGUUGCAGUGUAACAUUGGAGAUGGUCCAGUGGGAACUCACACCGUGGAUGUAAAUGUUCUCAGCAAAGGAUUGGCACAGCAUGUAGGGGGCACAUUCAACUUCACCUAUGACUUUCUCAUAUUUGAUAUAUCUCCAGUCAAUGGCAGUCUUGGAGGCUGUACAUUGUUAACUGUGAGAGGUACAGGCUUUGCAUCAGGCACAGUAGAAAUGGCUGGAGAACCAUGUUCAAUACAAUCUCAGAAUUAUUCCCAUAUUACAUGUAGGACACCUGCAGUGUCAUCCCCAGGGGCAGUUCAGCUUACUGUUUCCCAGGCAGCAGGAACCAUCUCAAGUCCAACUAACUUCACAUAUGUCAAUGAACUCACUCCGGAAAUAUCCAGUGUGACCAUUACAACUACAACCUCAUGUGUACAAGGUGGAGGAAAUCUCACAAUUCUUGGGACUGGCUUUGGCAGUACACCCAGCAGUUCAGGUGCAGUGAGGGUUGGACAUUUCACCACCAAAAUAAUGAGCUACAAUGACACACAGAUAAUUGUCAGACUGCCCCCUGUUUCACCUGGAGUACAUGAUUUUGUUGUAGAAGUGGCUCCAAAUGGAUGUGCUGACUUAAGAAGAAACAACAUAGGGAAUUUCACCUGUAAUUUUGAAGUGGAUUCCGUGUACCCUACGCAAGGGUCUGUGUACGGAGGCACAAAUGUGGUCAUUGUUGGGGAUGGCUUUACUGCAGACACAAAUAUUACAUUUGGAAAUGUUUCCUGCGAUAUUACUGCUGUCAACCAGACUAAGAUAUGCUGUGUAACUCGUGACAGUGCCACCAAACACAUUGUCAAAAACACAGUGGUGAAUAAUAAAUUUGCCUGGUCCCCAUCAGUUUUCACAGUCCAGGUUGGUGAUGUAGUCCGCUGGGAGUGGAACUCUGAGCCAUCCUCUGGGUUUGCCUUCAAGAUUGAGCAGACAGCUAGUGCUGUGGCAGACUCGUAUGACGGGAAAGGUUUCAGGAGUGGGUCACCAGUACCAUCAGGUGCAUUCGAGUACCGUUUUGGACAAGUAGGCACAGUGUAUUACUGGAGUGGCACUGUAGACACACGUGGACUGAUGGAGUUGAGAGGAACCAUUCAUGUUGAAAAGAGAAGAUCGCAGGCCGCCCUGAUGGCAGCCAAGGUUGGAGACAUUGAAGCGAAAUACAAUGUCAAUUCAGGUGUUUCAGUAUCAGAUGGCUGCGACAGUGGUUGUACCAAUAACAUAACCCAGCUGUCAACAGGUUGCCUUGAAGAUACACCAAGUACAAAUGACAGCAGUCAUUUUGAAUUUGCCUUCUCACUGUGUAGUGCAGCUGUCAUCACCUCUAUGAUGCCAAACAAAGGAACCCCUGAGGUGGAUGUUGUCUUAGAAGGUUCUGGAUUCAGUGACAUCGUGUGUGAAAAUGUGGUGUUAAUAGGGGACCACACUUGUAGUAUAACAUCCGUGAAUAAUACAAGAAUAGUGUGCAGUUUGAUGACUGAGAGUGAUUUUCCAGCAGGAGAACUGAAGUACCUGACUCUGAAUGUUACAAACAGGGGUCUUGCCCUGGUCUCACCUAAUGGACAGCUACAGCGUGGCUUUAUAAUGAUACCCAGAUUGGACAACGUCCAGCCUGCCUCAGGGUCUGUGGCUGGAGGGACACUUCUCACUCUUACAGGAGAUGGGUUCUCAGGAGAUCUUGGCGACAAAGUGGUCAGAGUUGGAAAUACUGAGUGUCCAGUUGUAAGUGCCAAUUACACUAGCAUCAUCUGCAGAACUGACCCACAAAUGGCAUUUACUGGGAAUGUGACAGUCACCAUCAGUGGCCGCAUAACUUCAGUCUGCCCUACAGAUGACUGCAUAUUUGAAUACUCUGAUCAGCAAACACCAACUCUUACAUCUGUCUCACCAGUCACUCUUCAGGGGUCAGGAACACAGGUUUCCUUGAAAGGAUCCAAAUUUGGAACCAAUACUGCUGCUGUUGACAUAACUGUAGGUGGCGUCACUUGUGUGAUUGAUACCAUUUCCGAUACUGAAAUCAGCUGCACCCUUGGAUACGCCCCUGUCGGGAAUCAGCCAUUAGUGGUGUACAUCUCUCCAAUGGGAUACCCUCAGUCUACAGCUGUAGUAAGUUUAGAGAGUGUGCCCUUGCUUCAAAGUGUCACCCCAAAUCAGGGCAGCACUCAAGGCGGGACCAACCUCACCAUAUUUGGAGCUGGAUUUGUGGAAGGCAUGACAACUGUCACAGUGGGCGGAGUGCAGUGCCACAUCCUGGCUGUCAAUCUUUCCACUAUCCUAUGUACCACAGAGGCACAUGCAGUGGGUGCGGUGGACGUCGCUGUAGUGUCCAAUGGAGUUCAGUAUCCCACAGGAAGUUACAGCUAUUCCACUGCUGCCACACCCAUUGUGUCAAGUAUUAACCCUACAUCUGGCAUGACUGGAGACACUGUGAACAUAGCUGGAACAGGUUUUGACCCAGGAGUAGAAAUGGUGAAGAUUGACAAUGCAUAUUGUGUAGUACAAACUGCCUCGGCCACAGCUAUCACCUGUAUACUGGGUGACCAUGCUGCUGGUCACUUUGCUGUGGAAGUAGCCAUACAAAACAAAGGAAGAGCCGUAUCUGAUGUCUACUUUAACUAUACUCUAAGUGUGAGCAGUGUGGCACCUGUUGAAGGAAGCUAUGGCGGUGGCCAGUUACUGACAUUAGAGGGUGUGGGUUUCUCCACCAUUGUUACUGAUGUAAAUGUGUGUGGACGCCCAUGUGUUGUACGGUUUGUCAAUUCUACGUAUAUCAGUUGUGAAGUACCACCCUCUCAGCAAAGUCCUACAAGUGGCAGUACAGAACAGUGCCCUAUUGAAGUAGCUGUAAACAAUGCCCAAGAGACGGCAUCAACCCAGUAUGCAUACAAGGCAGCCCUGACUCCAACAAUUACUUCUGUCAGCCCAGCCAGAGGUGGGACAGGAGGAGGAACAUUGCUCACCAUUACUGGAACUAACUUUGGAACCAGUAAUGUAGUGAGUAUAGAUGGCACCACAUGUGAUGUGCAGUCUGCAUCCAGUACAACUAUUGUCUGCAGAACCAGAUCUCACACAAGAACCAUUAGAACUAAAGUGCGUGUGGAGGUAGAUGAUAAAGGAAUUGCUACCCAGGACAAUGCAGACUAUUUCUAUGUAGAUGUGUGGUCAUCCAGACACACCUGGGGCGGGGACAGCCCUCCUGUUGCUGGAGACUAUGUGGUCAUUCAAGAGGGACAAACAAUUUACCUAGAUGUCAGCACCCCUGUACUGAGAUUUUUACUCAUCAGAGGUGGCAAGCUGGUAUUUGAUGAGGUUGAUGUAGAGCUACAUUCAGAGUACAUUUUUAUCGCAGAUGGUGGUGCACUCCAAGUGGGCACUGCAGAUGCUCCAUUCCAACACAAAGCAGUAAUUGAGCUCCAUGGACAUGUGAAGACCACAGAGUUACCCAUAUAUGGUGCCAAGAUGAUUGCAGUGAGGAAUGGAACCCUGGACUUGCAUGGUCAGUAUAUACCCGUAACAUGGACAUUGCUGGCUCAGACAGCUGGGGCUAAUACCAAUACACUGACCCUCAAACAACCUGUAACUUGGCAACCAGGAGAAGAGAUUGUCAUAGCAACCACUGGGGGGCAUCUUAGUCAGAAGGAAAAUGAGAAACGCAUUAUUCAAAGUGUAUCAGCAGAUGGUUUGACUCUAACAUUAACAGAACCUUUGGAGUAUGAACAUUUAGGCAUUACCAGAAUGGUUGAAGGAGAAGCUUUAGAGAUAAGAGCUGAAGUAGGACUGCUUACACGUAAUGUUGUUAUCCGUGGCUCAGUUGAUGAUCAAUGGACACAAACAGUAGAAGCUUGUGAAGCUGGAUUUAAAUCUGGUGAAUUUGAUACACAGACAUGCUUUCAAGGUUUGUUUGGCGAUGAAGAACUGAAUGAUGAGUUUGGUGCCCAUAUUAUCAUCCAUCCCCCGUCCCCAAACAGCCACUGUGUCCAUGCUCAUAUUUCAUAUACGGAGUUAACCCAUGUUGGUCAGGCUUUCCGUCUUGGUCGUUAUCCCAUUCAUUUUCACCUAAUGGGAAACACCUCAUAUGAUGAGGCCUAUGUGAGAGGAUGCUCAAUCCAUGAUGCUUAUAAUCGAGCUGUCAAUAUUCACGGCACCCAUUAUGUGCUGGUCGAGCACACUUUUAUUUAUAACAUCAGAGGUGGAGCUUUCUUCCUAGAGGAUGGCAUAGAAACCAAGAACAUUUUUCAGUACGAUCUUGCCAUUUUUGUACGACAGAGUACAAGUUUACUUAAUGAUGACAUUACUCCAGCUGCGUUUUGGAUAACAAAUCCAGAUAAUGUUAUUCGCCACUGCCACGUUGCAGGGGGAACACAUUUUGGUUAUUGGUACCGCAUGAAGGAACACCCUGAAGGACCCUCUUAUGACCCCACCAUAUGCCCCCCUAAGGUGCCUCUGGGUGAGUUCUACAAUAACACUGGGCACUCCCUAGGCCAAUUUGUCCUGUGGAUUUUUCCAGAUUUUUACCCCAUGCAAGGUGGAAGCUGCAACAGCAUGAUCCCUGAGCCUGCAACCUUCAGUAAACUAACUGCAUAUAAUAGCCUGAAAGGAAUGGAGGUAGUUAAUGGGGGUGCUUUACAGUUCAGUGACAUUAUCCUUUUUGACAACUAUGCAAGAGGAAUUGAGUACAAACUCAUCAUGCAAACCAACAUAUUUUCAGCAGAUGGACCAUUUCUUAAUGAUAUUGUUGUUAUUGGACAUAGUCUGCCAGCAGGGAGAUGCACGGACCGAGGACUCAUUCUGCCUUUUGCGGCUGGACUGAACGUGAACAAUACCAGGUUUAUCAACUUUGAUCAGAGUAGCUGUGCUGUGUUUGGGGCUACCUUCAUUGAGUGUAUAUGUGUUUUAGGGUGUGGGGGCUGGGAACAGAGGUUUCAAAACCUUGAGUUUGUGAAUUCUGAAAACAGAGGAGCAUGGCGCUGGAUAAAUGAGGUCGUAAUGACAGAUAUGGACAGUUCUUUAACUGGACACAAAGGCUAUCAGAUCGUUCCCUACAACCCAACAUUUACGCCGUCAAAAUGCACUAGAGACAAUCGCUUCAGCAAGGGAGCAGUGGAUGGCUACCUGUGUGAAGAUUCUGUGAGAAUCCGCAAGUUUUCAUUACAUCAGCCAUCUCCUGCUUCCCUCGAGUUCAAAAGAGCUAUCCUAUCCAACCAGUAUGGUACUGCAUAUUUGGAAUGGCUUCUAAUGCGCAAUCUGGUUCAUUCCCAAGGAUGGAUGACAGAUCUCCUUUGUAAUGUUACAUAUGAUUUAACAUUUGAAGAUUCUUCUCAGAUUUCUAACAUUUCAUACCAAGGAGCUUAUUAUGGUAUCCAGCCUGACUGCUGCAUUAUAAUGUGUCACAACUUGACACGUCAACCAGACAGAGUGAGCAUCCUGUCCACAGACGGUGACCGUCCCUUUGAAGAAGGCUCUCCAUCACCUCUGACCUGUGAAAAUAACUAUAACGGAGACUUCUAUUAUUACACUAACAUUAACAAGCUUUGUUAUAUGAUCAGUGGCAGGGACAGACCAACCAGAAAAAAACGGGCACUCAUGGUGGAAGCUGGUACCAAGGACAGAAAUGUUCACUUCAAAGCAUACCGCUGCUUCUAUAUAGGCUGCGUCCCCCCUGCAGACCCCAAUACAAUACCACCUGUCAGGGAGAGACCCGAUGUGUUCCAACUGUGGUCAGCCACCACCACAUGGGGUGGCACCGACACACAUAAUGGUGCCACUUACAAGAUGUCUGCCGGUACCACAGGCUCAGGACCUCUGCCAGUGGAUGGGGAGAGUGUUGGGAUCAGGGAAGGUGAUUGGGUGGUUGCUGACAUGGCACUGCCAGUGUUUGAUCGUCUGGAGCUGAAUGGGACAUUGGAACUGGAGUACCAGAGAAAUCCACUAACAAACCAAUAUUACAAUUUUGUCAUCAAUGCAACAUACAUCAUAAUUAAGUUCCCAGGACGUUUGAUAAUUGGAUGGUCAGAUAAUGUGUUCAUGGGCAGUGCUCAGAUAAUUCUCCGUGGAACUCGUACCACUCCUGACUACCUUCUGCCUGGUUAUGGACCUGAAGUGGGAUCCAAAGCCAUAGCUGCAUUUGGAGGCCUGGAUCUUCAUGGUAAGGAUGUGGUCAUACCAUGGACAGAACUGGCGCGACCUGCCAGUGCAGGAGACACUACUAUAACACUGAGAGAUGACAUCUCUGACCACUGGAAUCCAAAUGAUGACAUAAUGAUUACUGCAACAGGGUUCAAUCCAUUUGAGACUGAGAUACGCAGGAUUACAGCAGUGAGCGGCAAAGUUGUCACCUUAAAUGCCUCACUGUCAUUUAACCACAGAGCCUCUGAAGAGACCAUAAAUGGAAUAUACUACAGGGUGGCUGCAGAAGUAGGCCUACUGUCCAGGAAUAUCAAGAUCAUUGGUCAAGACUACCCUGACCUGUACAGCCAGUCCUAUGGAGCCAGGGUAGUGGUCAGCUCACUUUCUUGGGAGGAAAAUGGUGUGGUGAAGGUGGCCAAAGGUUAUGCCAGACUAAGUAAUGUAGAGUUCUACCAUAGCGGACAGGAAGGCUGGACAAGUGAAUUCGAUGCCCGCUACUCCCUGGCUUAUAUCCAGCUGCAAACAGUCAACAACUUGAAGCCUUCCUUUGUUAAGAAGUGUUCUUUCCAUAGUGGGUUCUCCACAGCUAUUGGAGUAUACGGAACCAGUAGCGAGAGGGCUGAGUCAGAUGCAUUAAACAUCGAACUUAAUGUGGUUCACCAUACUGUGGGACCUAGCAUCAUUGUCACUGGCACAAAUCACACCCUGAGAAAGAAUUUGGUAGCAUUGUCGCUGUGGCGAGGCAGUUACCAAGACAGAAAUGAAAUCUACAACUUUCUUCAUCCUGCGGCCAUAGAGCUGCAUCAGGCGUCACGGUUAACACUGCAGGAUAACCACGUGGCAGGGUCUGAGAGGAGUGGGUUCAGAUUGACAGGUGAAAAAUGUGGAAGUUCCAACGACCCAACAGUUCACCCCCUUCCUUGGUCUGGCAAUGUUGCCCACUCAGUUCUCACUGGUGUCCUCAUCUGGCCUGUGGAUUGCUCUGGGACAUGUCUCAAACUGUCAGGAUUCACUGUAGCCACAGCCUGGGAUCACGGCAUUUAUGUCCAGUCUGGUUGCAGUAUAGAAGUCACUGGAGUCACUUUUGUAGACAAUACACUUGGCUUCUUUGGAAUAGUUAUUGGUCCUGCUGCCUUAUCACAUAGCCGUGGUAACAAGUAUAUUGAUGUGUCAGAGUCUUUAGUGGUUGGCAAUAGCCCAGAUUACAAUUGCACAGACACUCCAGAUUAUUCUGAUGUUAAUAUAAAGAACAGUGGGCUGUCCAGAUCCGUGUUCCAAAGUACAAGUUCUUCACAAGUGGGCAAAGUUGCUGGACUUAUCUUUCCUCAGUUCCACUCUUCAGAGAACAAAGCACCAAAGAAGGACUGGCAGAAUGCAAUGGACUUCAUAGCUUUGACAGGCAUCAUGAGAGUCAGAAAUGUCACCUUUGCACACUUUGGAACUAAAUGUGGAAAACGUAGUUUUGCAAUCACAGACAUCCCUGAUAAUGAAGAUUUCCAGUUUCCCAUUGAGGUGUCAAAUGCCUUCCUGUAUCAAGUAGAUGAAGAUAGCGUUGCAUUUUACCACAGACCAGAAUUAGGUGCUAUUAACCCCACAGACUGUGUUGACAUGGAUUGUGAUGGUCAGAAAAAGCUUCUCAUCAAAGACACAGAUGGAAGUCUUCUAGCUGGUUUGAAUCAAGGAAGCCUUGUUGCUGAUUCUGCCUUUGAAUGGGAUGGUGACAGAAGACGAGGAUUAGGAGAUUAUCGCAUUCCAAAAGCCAUGCUGACUGCACCUAACGGGACUAAACUGGAUGUGAAUAUAUUGAUGCCUAACAAAGGGAUUAUUGGAACCAGCACCACUUCCAAGUGUACCUGGAGAUCCAUGAUGCAGGCAUACAAGUGUCAUGACAUGGACUAUGAGGUUAUGAUCAUAGAGAGCAUGGACGCCAACACCUUAACUCAUCGCAUAGGACCUGUAGCCAUACAUGGAGAGGAUUAUAUCGAUCUCAUCAACGGGCCACAAGAUUACCAUUGGUGUGAUGGCUACACAUGUAAAGAGAGGCUGUCUACAUUCUACUCAGUUGUGGCAACAGGAAAGCACUUUGACAUCUAUUUCACUGGCACAGCUCCACAAGACCUUCGCCUUUUUAUGAUCAAUACCAAACAAACUGACGUUGUUCGUGUUGCAGUGUUUUACUCUAAUCCUCAGAAAUUAGUUGUCAGUAGUAAUGGUGCAUAUGUUAAACCUAAAAACAGUGGCUAUGACAGUCUUGGCCGAGAGGUGACCCAGAGACCAACAUACCCUGGACAUUAUUUACCAGAUCUUUCAACUGAUGGAAAUGGAGCCAACUACUUUGAUAUGGUACAAAAACUUCUGUAUGUCAUUGUAGCAGGGACUGAUAUUGUAGAUGUAACAACUAUUCCACAGGUUUUCCUUGUCAUUGGGGCUAACAAUGUUCCACUCCCUAUUACAGACUUCUUCGGUGAAAACCUUGUCCAAAAUAUUGCCUUUUUCUUGGAUAUUCCUCCAAACAAAAUUCGUAUUGCUAACAUUGUCAGUGAGGACAGCAGGAGAAAGAAACGAGCAACCACUGGUAAUGUGAUGAUAAACAUUGAAAUAGGUGAUGUUCCAAGUAGGGGUGACACAGAUGUAGCAUCUAUAAGCCAGACGCCAUACACCAAACUAGCCAAUGCCAGUGCUAUGAUUUAUGAUGCUGUUCAGCUGGGAAAAAUCUCUCAGGUUUUGAAUAUUAGUGUCAUUAACGUAACUCUCGAAGAACCCCUGCCCCCAACCAAUGAUUCUGUGUGGGAGGAGAUUCAGAACUCUAGGGAGUUUCAGAAUGUUAUACAAAUUCCAUCAAGAUUGGAGCUUAUUGUCCAGCCAGAAGCUCUUCAUGAGGGAGCAGCAUUUUCAGUUCCUGCAGGACUGAGAAUGUAUGACACAGGGGGCAAUGUUGUGGAGCAGCUUGGUUCCCUGUUCCACCCCUGGCAGCUGACAGCCACAUUAAGAUCUGGCAGUGGCACAGACUCUAGAGCUCGUGCUGUGAGGACUGUCACUGUCUCAUACAAACAGGGAUGGGCAAACUUCACAGACCUAGGCAUAUCACACAGUGGAAGUGGAUAUAUCCUUGAUUUUACAUUUACCUAUCCUAGUGAGGCUAGCAGGUACUCUGCCUUCUCCAGUGCCAUCACAGUGGCAGAGAGGCCCCUCACAGUGGGCGUGGCAGAGCAACCGACUAACACCACUAGUGGUGAAAUGUUAGAACCAGUUGCCAUAGAGAUCAGAGAUAAAGUUACCAACGAAGCAUUAGUAGACAUUGCGUGGAAGGGUCAUAGCUGGCAAUCAGAGGUGUCUUUGUACAUGCCCAGCAGCUUCCCAGCCACUCUGACUGGUACAACCAGUGCUGACUUCAAUGCCUCUGUACCUGACCAGAGAGCUGUGUAUGAUGACCUGAUCCUGUCAACCACUGCUGAAUACCCUCUCCAAGUAUUCUUAAAAUUCCGUGCCUGGUCAACACCGAGUGAAUUUGACUUCACCACUGUGUCCAGAGGAAUCGUGUUCUACCCGGUCAACUACACUAGCCCUAUGGAGGAGGUCAACAAGACUGUGUCCAUUAAGUGGUCUGGAGACUAUAGCACCGUGGCAUCAGGAAAGGAGCAUGUCCUCGAGGGUUUCAUCCACAACUUUGUCAUGGCAGCAUACCAUGAAGGAGUGUUUUUGAGGAAUUUUAAUUUUACAGAAGGAAGCAUAAUCAGCACUUUUGAGGUAGUUGGGACACAAGAUGGUGUUAACAGCACAUUAUUGGGUUUAUGGGAGAAAAUCAAGGCUGGAUGGAAAAUUACUGUUGAUGGCCAGAGUAUGGAAGCAACAUAUGAAAUGUAUGUGGAUGGAGACAGAUACUAUGGAAAUGAUGAUGGACCACCAGUAGUGAAACCUGCCUCCCAGUUUCCAGCCUGGGCCAUUGUUGUCAUCAUCCUCAUUGUUAUUCUUGUUAUUGGAGGAAUAUUGGCUUUUGUGUACUACAAAAACAAGAAAGUUAAAAAGCAUGCACUAGAUGGGAGCAUGGAGAGUCCAAGCUUUGGAAUGACCACAAAGGGACAAGAAUCCAAACUCAAAUCACACCACAAGUACAUUGCUGAGGAUGGUGAUAGCCCCAGAAGCAGCCAUUCAGACAUCCACAAGGAACAUCACUUUAAGAACCAGGUUGGAUCUGAAAUAUCUCAAGAUGACACAGAUAGUGGAAGGAAAGUUUUCCUGGGUGCAGAUCACCCUUUGCACAGAAGGGUGACCCCUGAACCACAUGACCCUGAUGAUGAUGAUGGCUGUGGCCCUGGAGCUUUGCAGGUCCCCCCUGAUGACACUUUGUGGACUGGCCAAUCUGCCACACACAGAGUUUAAUAGAGGAUGAUUGUUAAGAGCUGUUCUUAUGUAGCAAAUGAUUAAGAUGGUCUCAAUGAAUACAGUAUCGAUCACAGUGCAGUGCAGUUUAUUGUAACAAAAAUGCCUUUGCUAAGUUUGUAACAAACUGUCUUAUAUAUUGAAUAUGAUGAAUUGACAAAGAUUAGGAAGAAAGAAAAAAAUCACACUUUUACUUGAUUAUGCCGUAGUAAAGUAUUGCUAAUAUUUGACAAUAUAAUACAGACAGCUUUAACAUAUAAUUUUACUCAAGAUUCCAAAUAGGUGAUAUACAUUAUCAAGGGUCUAUUUAUUUCUUUCAUGAUAAAAUACAAACUGUAGUUUGAUGAUAAAAAAUUGUUUUUAUAGAGACUAAAUUAAACACUUCUACCUUUGAGGUAUUGCAUUUCAAGCUCAAAUUAAGGGCCUUGAUCAAAUGGCUGACAAAAAGCCUAUUUCACUGUUAGUUUGGUUUGCAAUAUAUUUCACAUUAUAUAUAAAUAUAUAUAAGCAAAUGUAUGAUCACACAUUUUUUUCUAAAACAUCAAUUUAAAAGAUUUUGAAAAUUUCAAAAAAAAAAGUAAAAUUUGUCAUUUCAAAUGAAGUUAUAUAAAGUUGUAAAACGAUGAAAAUACUUUUCUCUACCAUGGUGUUUUAAACAAUUGUGGCGUUUGUGAAGAAGAUUUUGUUCCUUAACUUUUCACAGUUCACUGACCUAGACUGAGCUUCAUGCUGGUAGUGUUUGAAGAAGUGAAUGUGUUGCGCUUUGCAAAAUAAAUUUAGUAAAAUAUAAGGUUCAAGUGAUCUAAGAGCAAAAUCAUAUUUUUAUACCAACUUUUAAACUUACAUAUCAAUUUUAUAGAUUUUUUAUAAAUGAUUAACUCUCAUAAGAUUAUAAUAUAUCAGUUUUAUAAAUUAAGUUUUUAAAAAUUUGGCAUACUGUGAAAUGACUGUUGUAUUUGUAGAAUUUAUUGCUUUUUUCAAAUACUACUAAUGAUAUAUGAUAUGUAUGUUUUGUGAAAAACUGACCAUUUGUUUGAUGAAAAAUUAUAUAGUGAACAAUAGUGGCAUUUUACCCGUUUACUUUUCACAGCUCAAUUAAUUACUUAGAUUUAUGUAAUCUUCAAGUUUGAAGUUUUUGAAAAAUGAAUUGAAUGUUUAUUGUUGCUUUUGUAGAACAAAUUACAAGUGAUAUGCAGAAGGAUAUUUUCUAUACCAAUUAACUUUUUAUCAAAUUUUUAAAGAUAUUUCUGUUUUCAUUUUACUGAAUAAAGUAAGCUGAUUUUGCUUAUGCAGA